GCCUACAAACCCAAGCAAGCUGUCUCUCAAGAAAAGCUCGCAGAAAUUGCUCAAAAAGAAGAAAAAGAAGCUGAAACUGCUGCUAAACUAAAAACAAAAAAAACUAAAAUUGAUUCUACAGAUGAAGAAACAAUGGAAUGCAUUGAUGACAAUAAUGACGAUUAUAAUAAUUUUGUAAUUAUAA